CAACCAGUCGAGAGGCACCCGCUCCGCUAACGCGUCAACAUCAGAGCAGCGCGCUAGUGCCGCAUCGCCUCACCACACCACACCUCGCUAAGCUAAGCUAAGCUAAGCCUUUCUGCUAGCUAUCAUCGCCCCUCGCUCGGCCUAAUCCAUCCAUCCCUCUCUUUAGUUUUUUUGUGCCGACGCGCGACGGAGAGGAAAGCGAAGCGAACCCCGUGCUAGGCUGCUAGCAGCUGCAUCAUUCAGUCCCCUCCGUCCGUCCGUCCAGAGAAUUCCUCAUGGCGUCCAUCAUCAUCAUCGCCGUGGUCUUCGUCUUGGACGUCCUCGCCUUCGUCCUCGCCAUCGGCGCCGAGCGCCGGCGGAGCUACGUGACCUAUGUCAGCGUGGACACGUACGGGAGGGCCUUCUGCGUCUACAGCUCCGACGCGUCCACGGUGUACGGCGUCAGCGCGCUGCUGCUGCUGCUCGCCGGCCAGGCGGUCGCCAUGGUCGCCACCCGCUGCUUCUGCUGCGGCCGCGCCCUCUCGCCGGGACGCUGGCGGGCAUGGUCCGGCAUCUGCUUCGUCGUCUGCUGGCUCACAUUCGUGAUCGCGGAGUUGUGCUUGCUGGCGGGAUCGGUCCGGAACGCAUACCACACCAAGUACAUCCCGAGGCCCAGCGACAGCCCGCCUGCCUGCGCGAUGCUCCGCAAGGGCGUCUUCGCCGCCGGCGCCGCCUUCACCUUCCUCACGGCGCUCUUCACCGAGCUCCACUACCUCUUCUACGCCAGAUCACGCGCCAUCGCCGACGUGCCGCCGCCCAUCGUCGGCGGCAUCGGCAUGACCCGCAUGUGAUUCAUCCGUGGUCUCCUCUUUCGUUCAGACUAGGAGUGGUGCUUGACUGAUGGACUGCUUGUACAUGUGCUCGUCCCACGCCCCUGAGCGCGUUCCGCUCCACGGGCCCUUUGACCAGAGUGUGUGUGAUAGUACUGUGAUGUGUUGCCGUGUGUCUCGUCUGCGAUUCUGUCAGGAACAGAAAACCUACAUUGCCGGCUGGGAAUGGAUUUUUCUGUGCAUACAUUCAGAACUAAACUCUGUUUGCUGUCA